GAUGAUGGUGAAAAAGGCGCUGCUGCUAAGUUGCUAAAAUUAAUGGAAUUGGUAAAAGCGAAGAAUUUAUUAGUCUUCGUUGCUCGUCGCUUCUACAUUGGCGUAGGUUUUGGCUCAGCACGUCGAACUGUUCUUGAUGUUGCGCUUGAGGCUCUGGAAGAAAAUGGCUUUUACGGCCGGGGACCAGCAUUUCAGGAAUUUUGGCUUUCCUACAAAAAUGAAUGUGAUUCCGAGGCGAUUAAUUCCCAAUUGGAAAAAACUGAAAAAAGCGUUGCUUUUUGA